CCGUCUCUUCCCCCUCUCCCCUGCACUGAUAAUUAAUGGUUGGUGAUGCUCUGCAUUCUCUCCCCACUCGCUGCCAUCUACUGCUCCCUCGUCUUCUUCUACCUCCGACUCCCCACUAUAAUUAUUACCACUGACAAAGGACUAAAGGUCAAACGGAGUCGGCAAGAAAUAUAGAAAUCAGGAGAUACCUUCGAUAACUAUUUCUUCGUUGUGUGAUGGAUCCUUUGCAUUCCUCCGCAAAAAUCAUUCUUUAUCUCACUCUUCUUUUCCCAGUCUUCUUCUUUGAUAGAGGGGACGGCACGACGUUCAAAUUUGUGAAUAAGUGCGGGGAGACGGUGUGGCCAGGGAUCCUCUCCAACGCCGGCAGCACCCAGUUGCAGCCCACAGGCUUCGAGCUGGCUUCCGCCUCCUCCCGCUCGCUUCAGGCACCCACUGGCUGGUCCGGCCGCUUCUGGGCCCGCACCGGUUGCUCCGCCUCCUCCGGUAACGCUGCCUGGAGCUGCGCCACCGGGGACUGUGGCUCGGGCCAGGUGGAGUGCAACGGCGCCGGGGCUGCCCCUCCCGCGACGCUCGCCGAGUUCACCCUCGCGUCCUCGUCGGCGGCGCAGGACUUCUACGACGUCAGCCUGGUGGACGGGUACAACCUGCCGGUGUUGGUGGAGGCCAGCCGGGGGUGCGCCGCGGCGGGGUGCGUGGUGGACAUGAGCACGCGGUGUCCGGCGGAACUGAGGGUAGGGGAGGCGUGUCGGAGCGCGUGCGACGCGUUCAGGAAGCCCGAGUACUGCUGCAGCGGCGCGUACGCGAGCCCGGCUACCUGCCGGCCGACGGCGUACUCGCAAGUCUUCAAGGCGGCGUGCCCCAAGUCGUACAGCUACGCCUUCGACGACCCGACCAGUACCUUCACCUGCACCGGUGGGGCGGAUUACACCAUCACCUUCUGCCCGGACUCCGUCCCAAGCAGUUGGAAAUCAGCAAGAGAUUCUGCUUCAUCUUCAUCUUCGACUUCGACUUCGACUUCAACAUCAACGUCAGAACCGGAAGGAGGAAUGAUGCUUACGGACGACGCAUGGCUUGCAAGCUUGGCCACCGGCGACGCAGCCCCUACGAGGAGGAGAAUCCCUAUCCUACGCUACUCAUCGAUUGCAUUCACAGCCGCUUGCGUCCAACUGUUGCUGCAGCUCUAGUGGUUUAUUCUGCUCCCCACUCCCAUCCCGAUGUCUUCUCUCCCACACCCUUUUGUCAAAGGGGAUCUGUAAAAGGGUGCCCAUAAAGACGAGAUGGUCUACUCUACUUUGAAGAACAAGAAGAAGAUAAAAGGAUAUGAGAUUCCCAACGGUCUCCGAGACCAUCCUCCAUUCUCACUUUUAGGGGAGGAGGGGCAAGCUCGAGGUUGGACCCAACCCAAGGCUGUGUACCAGUGUACCAGUGUAUACAAGUGUAAUCUUAUUCUAUAAUCUUAUUACUGAUGGUCUCGA